AUGCUCAACACCAAGAACAAUACAUUCUGGAAAAUUACCACCCGCUCAACAACACUCAACUUGCAUGGCUGCGUGUUCGACGACGCUUUCUACGCCGUGACCGACGGGUCCUUCAACACAGCCCAGCUCGCCAACAUGGGCCCGGUGCCCCUCGAGAUGACGGUGCUACUGCACAAUUUCUACCAGCAGCCCUUCAUAGGCUUCAAAGAUUCGGAAAUCGACCCCCAGAGACUGGGACGUGAUCCUUUGGACCCCGCCCACAAUCCGACGGCAUACUUCGUAAACGGGACCACCAUGGUGCCGAGGUCGAUCCACAUCACCACGAGAAACGCCAACAGCGUUGCUUCCACUAUCGCUGGGGAUGGGAAUGGCCUCAGGGUCGACAUCCAAGAUACGGGCGCGUUGCAGCAGAAUCUGGUUAAGUUCAAGGACCCCUGUGGAAAACACGUCUUAUACGCCCAGGAUAGGUAUCCUGGCGGUGGCGGCGUCUUGAUGAGCCGGUGCAUGCUAAGCAACCCGAUUUCGAGCUUCUACGAUGGCUCGGCAAGAACGCAUUGA